GAAAGAGUAAUGCAAUCAGAAUUGAUGCAAUUUGAAAGAGAAGAUGCAGAAAAACGGCUUCGUCUACCUGAAAAAUCCGAAGAAGAUUUAUCAAUAGUUGAGGCGAAACCGUCAACACCCGCAGAUAAAGUAAUGGAUGUGGUGAGAGCGGUAGAGACCUUAGCUCAUGGCCCGGAAGCGCUGGUGCCGCCGAAAAGCCCUGGCGGGCAAAACGCGGAGUUAAAAACGACCACAAUCGUCAUGAGCAAACACACAUUAGCCACUCAAAACUCAACGGAUGAACAUCAAAACGAUUCGAUUAAAUCGAAAGAAGAAAAAGAAGAUUUAGAUUUGAAUCGAGCAUCGUUUAAUUUAAGCGAUAUCCCACCACCAAUCGAGGAUUUUCCUGUGUUUGAUUUUGUGGUUCCUCCCCCGAUUAUUGAAGAACCCAUCGAAAUAAAUUCGCUUAUUGUGCCUCCACCCCCACCCCCAAUCGAUUUUGCAUUAAGUGACGAAGAAGUAAUAGAUAAAGAAGAGGAGGAAGUAAAAAAGUUGGAAGAAAUAAUCGAUGAUAUUCAACUCAUCAAUAAAACCCCAUCCUUCGAUAAAGAAAUUGAAGAAUUUGUUGAAAAAUUUAAUAAAAGUGAUGCCUCAUCCCUUAUUAUAACAGAAAAAAGUUUAGAUAUUUCCGUAGAGAAUGGAGAAGAAGAAGUUAUUGAAGAAAUUGAGAAAAAAGAUUCAAAUUUAAAUGAUACUUUGAAUCGAUUCCGAAAAAAAAGUCAACCCGAUUUAAAAUUAGAAACUUCAUCUCCAAAAACUUUAGACCCAAACGAUGAUAUCCCACCACCUUUACCAUUAACCCCACCUCCUACAAUUAUUGAAGAACCAAAAUUGGAUGUUUUAAAAAUUCAUUCGGAAUCGACGGUUCAAAAAACGGAUUCGUUCGCGGAUAAAUUAUUUAAAAAAUACGACGAUGUUAAAGUUUUCAAACCAAAAAUCCCCCCUCAAGUUCCAACAAAACCGAAAUCAUGGGCUAAAUCGACUUCGAAUUUAUUAAGCGAAGAUGCACCUCAAAAUAACUUAAAAUUCGUUCGGUGCGUUUCCCGGGAAGGAGUUUUAGGGGAAAGUUAUGAUUUUCACGUGACUAAUCCGUUUUUGGUCGAUAUGAAGGAUAAUUUUACGUUUCAUAGUGUUCAAGAAUUAGAAAUAAAUCAAAAGCCACCUCCUUCACCGAAAACUAAAAAGGUACCGAUGAGUGAACGAUUGAAAUUCUUUGAAAACGCGAUGGAAGAGAGUCAGAAACCGUCGCCGAAACCGGAAAAGGUUUUUAGUUAUUUAAGCGCGGAUGAAAUUGAAAAGAUGAAAGCGGAGGAGGAACGAAAAAUUGCGACUUUGAAACGAUCCGAAAUCGGGUCUUUGGGGAUUUUAGAUCAUUCUGAUGAAGAAAUUUAUGAACCACCUGCUCGGCCUGCGAGUACAAUCGGAGUAGUUCGUACCGCAAAAGCUGAACGUCGUUUACGCGAUCAACUCCGAGACGAAGGUCUUUUAACCGACGAUGACGAAAUAAAUGCGAAAUCGCCAGCCGAAGAAAGAGCAAUUCGUGCUGAAAAACGCGCCGCUUGGCGCCAAGCCCGUUUAAAAUCACUCGAAAACGACGCAAUCCAAGCUCAGAUGGUCAUCAAAUCAAUGGCCGACAUGGUAGUUAUGCCCGAAAAUACUCAAGAACAACAAGAAAUCGAUAACGAAAUCGAAGAAAAAACUCAAUUAAGACCGAAUUCGGGGGAUUUCCCGAAGUUGUCGGUUCGAACGGAACCCGGAAAUAAGACGGUUCGUGAAAGCGAAAAAGUGAUCGAUGAGAAAAUAACGAGAAGAACCGAGGAGUAUUUGGAUGAAGUGACGGGGGAGAAAAAAGUCAGGACGGUGGAGUACGUGGAGAAAUUGAUCGAGAGAGAGGUUGAAACGUUACAAGAAAAAAUUAUUUCUUUAGAAUUAACAGACCAAAUCGAAUCGAACCAAAUCGAAUUAUUAACUGAAAUCACAACGUUAGAUAUUUGCGUAAACGGAAAUAAUAACGUUAACGUCAAUAAUAUCGAUAAUAUCGACGGUAGUAUUAAUAAUAACGUAAAAAACGAAACUAUUUUUAAUAAAGAAGACGACGACGAAGACGAUUUAACAACAACAUCCGAACCAACGACACCUUCAGUUGAGGAAUCAAAAAAUUUAGAGGGAUUGGUUGUUAAUAAUGGAAAAAAGAAGAAAAGGAAGAGAUCGAAAAAGAAAAAUCAUUAAACAAAAUAAUUAAAAGAAAGGACACUUUUAUUA